GACCGCUGCUGGAAGCUGGGAAGGGGUUGUCUCUUCUUCCCCUCGAGUAUGGACACGAGUUCCGUCCUUCCACAUGCAUGGGAGUAAGAAACCGGACUUUACAGAUGAAGUUACGCGUCUCCACGUAGGUCUGAGCCACAGCUCAUCCCGGCGCAGACACCGUCCUCACAAGGAGGAAUGCCAGCUCCUGAGCAGAGCCCAGUGACGGAGGAGGGGCUUCUGCUGACCAUCCACAACAGUUCAGCUGGCCGCAAAAUGGAGGCUGACAGCACGGCCAAUAACAUCCUGGCCUCCGUCAAAGAACAGGAGCUUCAGUUUGAGCGGCUAACCAGGGAGCUGGAAGUGGAGAGGCAGAUUGUGGCCAAUCAGCUGGAAAGAUGCAGACUUGGGGCCGAGUCGCCAGGCGCUGGUAGCAGCAGCUCAUCUGACAAAUCCCUACCAUGGAGAAAUGCAGAUACCUCGGCCUCAGGGGACGCCAAGUCUCGAGUGACUGACAGCUCCCAGUCGCCCAGCUACCGGAUCAGGACCGAGUCGGAGCAGGUGUCUCUGUACUCCCCGGAGCAGUCCUCUCUUCAUGAAAGUGAGGGGUCUGCGGGGAAUUCGUGUGGCUCGGCUCAGAUGAACUCCUACUCUGACAGCGGCUAUCAGGAUGCCAGCAGUGGUUACCUCAGCAGGCAGAGCCAGGCCAAGGCUGACCUCAAGAUGCAGCAGUCCUUCCCUGUAGCUGGCUCCAGCACAUUAAUGAGGAAUGCCAGGGCUGAGGGACAAGCUUCAUCGCAGGUUCCAGCAGUCACAGCAGCUCUGCCUGGCCGUGCUAUGCGAAGGGUUAGCUCAGUGCCUUCUCGCUCUCACUCGCCAGCCUACGCCAGCAGUAUUUCCCCCUCCCGUGGCUCCCUGCGUACCCCUGUUGGCAGUGCCUACGGCUCCCCAGUCAUAGCGGAACCCAAACCCAUCUCCAACAUCCACUUCACAACCUUGCCCUCUGUGCAGCGCAGCUGCAGCAUCGGCGGCUCACCCUACUCCCCCCAGAAAAACUCCCCUGCAGGGCUGAGACGCAUCAGCUCCACAAACUCUCGCUCCGGCUCCGCCAGCCGAACCACCUCGCCGUAUCAGAUGUCGGCAGGGUCAUCGUCGGGUCGCAUGGGCUCUCCCUUGACGAUGGUUGACGGUGUUAACCCUCCGCUGACAAAGCAACCGACUCACUCUUCAUCUCCAGUCAGGGCUAGCAUGACCGCCGUGCCCCAGCACUACAGCUCCACUCUGCCUCGCUCUGUGCUUCACAACACUGACCCCUAUGGACCUCAGAGUUACGACAUUUAUGAGAGGAUGAAUCGACCUGACAGCCUCACAGAUGCCCUCAUUGAUGGUGAUAUUAAAGGAAUAAGGAGUUCAUAUGCCAGUCAGCACAGCCACCAUGGACAGGAUAUGAGGUCAACAAUCUCCCCAGACCGCCACAUUGCUCCCAUAUAUGAGGAUAGGACGUUCCGGGGUCCGUUAUACCGAAGCCCCAGCCACACCCAGCAGGGAACCCUUUACAGGAGCGGCUCAGGUGUGGGAAGCCUGCAGAGGACGUCCAGCCAGCGCAGUGCCAUGACUUACCAAAGAAACAACUAUGCUCUUAACACAGCAGCCAACUAUGCUGAUCCAUACCGCUCCGCACAGUACCGGCCCUCCGAUAUGAGUUACGCUCGACAAACUCUGCCCAUGGAUGACGGCGCCCCUCGCUCUCCUUCCAUAGACAGCAUUCAAAAGGAUCCCAGAGAGUUUGCAUGGCGUGAUCCGGAGCUAACGGAGGUAAUCCACAUGCUGCAGCAUCACUUCCCCUCAGUGCAGGCCAACGCAGCCGCCUACCUGCAGCACCUGUGCUACGGUGAUAAUAGAGUCAAAAGUGAGGUAUGCCGACUGGGAGGAAUCAAGCAUCUGGUGGACCUGCUCGACCAUAAAGCCGUCGAGGUUCAAAGAAACUCUUGUGGGGCUGUGAGGAACCUUGUUUAUGGAAAAGCUGUCGAUGAAAACAAGAUCGCCGUCAGGAACGCGGGAGGGAUCCCCGCUCUCCUACGCCUGCUGAGAAAGACCGUCGAUGCAGAAGUUCGGGAGCUCGUCACAGGGGUUCUGUGGAACCUUUCUUCCUGCGACGCUGUCAAAAUGACAAUCAUCCGGGACGCCUUAUCCACUCUGACCAACACUGUGAUUAUCCCUCACUCCGGAUGGAGCAGCUCAACCUUCGAUGAUGACCACAAGCUGAAGUUUCACUCCUCCCUGGUGCUAAGGAACACUACAGGUUGCCUUAGGAACCUGAGUUCAGCUGGUGAGGAGGCCAGAAAACAGAUGCGUACCUGUGAUGGCCUGGUUGACUCACUGCUCUACGUCAUCAAAACCUGUGUAAACACUUCUGACUUCGACAGCAAGAUUGUGGAGAACUGCAUUUGCACUCUGAGGAACCUGUCCUAUCGUCUGGAGCUGGAGAUGGUGCCUUCCAGAAUGACAGGCGGCCAGGAACUGGACGGCUUACUGGGCAGAGAGUCGCCCAGUAAAGAGCUGGAGUCCAGCUGCUGGGGCAGGAAGAGAAAAAAGAAGAAAAACAGCCUGCACGAAGACUCAUGGGACGGUGUGGGGCCUAUCCCAGGCUUCUCCAAGUCGCCAAAAGGGGCAGAAAUGCUUUGGCAUCCUUCGGUUGUAAAACCUUAUCUGAUGCUGCUGGCUGAGAGCUCCAACCCGGCCACCCUAGAAGGCUCAGCAGGUUCCCUUCAGAACCUGUCAGCUGGCAACUGGAAGUUUGCAGCUUAUAUCCGUGCAGCGGUUCGCAAAGAGAAAGGGCUUCCGAUCCUGGUGGAACUACUGCGGAUGGACAACGACAGGGUGGUGUGUUCUGUCGCCACAGCUCUGAGAAACAUGGCCCUCGACAUCAGGAACAAGGAGCUUAUAGGGAAGUACGCAAUGAGGGACCUGGUAAACCGCCUCCCUGGGGGGAACACCACCCUGCUGUCAGAUGAGACCAUGGCUGCCAUCUGUUGCACGCUGCACGAGGUCACCAGCAAAAACAUGGAAAACGCGAAGGCCUUGGCCGACACAGGUGGCAUCAAGAAGCUGGUGGACAUCACCAAGGGCAGAGGAGACAGGUACUCAGUGAAGGUGGUGAAAGCAGCAGCUCAGGUGCUGAACACACUAUGGCAGUACAGGGAUCUACGGCCCAUCUAUAAAAAGGAUGGCUGGAACCAAACCCAUUUCAUCACCCCCGUGUCAACACUGGAACGGGACAGGUUCAGGUCCCAACCCACGCUCCCCACCAGCACCAUCCAGAUGUCCCCGCUCAGCCACCCCGCCGCCAGUGCCACAUCAUCUCCUGCAAUGCUGGGCAUCAAGGAGCACAGAGGCUCAAUCAGAGAUUAUCAGAGAGCUCAGUCAACUAUGCAGUUUUAUAAUUACCAAGGAGACGGCAGUAUUCAUAGAAAACAGUAUACAGGGUCUGCUAAAUCUUCUCCUUAUUACUACUCAUCACCCACAAGGGAGGAGCCCAGAAGAACACAGCCUUUGUAUUACUCAGAAGAGGCGAGCCGAAGGAACUACGACACAUACAGGAUGUACGUGCAGCAUCCUCACGGCUACGACGAACCAUACUUAGAGGAAGUCAUCACCUAUCCUCCUACAGCAGACUACAGCUCCCAGCCUCACGGACUGAAAUCCACUUCUAAUUAUGUAGACUAUUACGCUAGCACACGGAGGCCUUCCUACAGGGCAGAGCAGUACCCGGGUUCUCCUGAUUCCUGGGUCUAAGUCCAGACGUGUGUCUGCAUUACAAACAGAGAACUUUUGUCCUGCCGGAUUCUUCUUUCGCCCUGCAGCAGAGCCGAAGAGCAACACAGGAAACUUCUUUCAUGAACUUGGCUUUAUGAGUGUUUGUUCUAAAGUGGAUGUGCUUGUAUGAGAGGGGGGGGUCAGCAGAGCAGCAGCAGAAGGAAAGAUGGGAUGUGUGCCAAAGAGGGAAAUUAUGGAAUGUUUUUAAAGGUUAUUUUUCAUUUAACAGAAUAAGAAGGAAUCAUUCCAGGGAGAUAUCGGACAUUACCAUGAGAAGACUUGUGUCGUAUGUAGAUAUUAGCUUUAUUUUCUCUAAGGAACUCAUAACUGUGAGAGCAUGGUUAAAGGUGUUUGUCACGUAAGCGAGGGUAAGCGGUAAGAGUCGAGAUGUGAGGGAAAAAAUGUAUGUGAAGAAGCCAAAACGGAUCAUGAACUUGUUUCUAAAGAAAUGAAAUUUAAAAAAAACACUAAUUAACUAAUGAUGUUAGAUUGUACAGAGGGAUCAGUUUUUAUCUGUAC